GUGUGUGCGUGUGUGCGUAGAUGAGUCCACAGUUACCCAGCCCUUCCCCCACAUACGCAUAUCAUCCACCCAGAGCCAUUCUAUCUGUAUGGAAAUUUGGGCUCCACAGCUGGAAUCCCACAAAGCACUGUCAUCUACUAAUAGUUAUUAUCUCUUUGGCCUGCUCCCUCACAAAAAAACCCUGCAAUACAAGCACAUCGCAUCUUUAUGGUAAUGCCCUACAAUACAGCCCCAAGCUAUGGUGCAUAGACCUUUGUUAUCAUUACGAUAAUUCCCAUUCUCACUUGACUCCUCAUUACACCAUCGAGACUGCUCGGGGUUGGAUAUAGACAAAUUCCUGCAUCUUUCUUUAUUACACUGUAGCGUACAGUGUUGAUACACGCAAAACUCAAACUCCCUAAAUAUUCUAAACAGACUGAGUCGGUCGGUGUAAUGACAAUUAAGGUUAAAGUUGUCAACGUGAAGUAGCAGCGGCCUGUGCUUAUUUGAUAACGUUGGGGCUAAAUAAUAAGUCGGGAUCAUCAUAUGUUGACUGUUGGAGUAAUGAAAUCGUGACGACAUGAUUAUACUGUGUGGUCCUUACCAAACUGUGUUGUCCUCAUUCAUCGUUUCAAAUAUAUUGUUAUUAAAAACUAACAAAAAUCAAACAAAAAUUUGACAGCUAUUGUUGCCAAGAACAAGAAUGAGCUGGAAAUCUCUCCAUAAUUAGUUGUUGCAGAUUUUUAUUUUACAUUUACACAGUGUGCACCAACAUUCAUUGCAUCUAACAAAAAUUUUAUCAUUUGGCAUAUCUAACUUGCCAUGUAUGUGUGUGUAUAUACAGUAUAUGAAUAUAUCAAACUUUAAUAUUUAUCAGGAAAAAUAUUAUUAUUGUGAUAUUGUUCUCAGUCAUCUUUUCAGCUACAUACCCAGGGAGUGUGGCAGAUCUAUCUUAAUAUACAAGUUCCCAGAUUUAAGUUCAAUAGUUUUCUAGCGAUUUUCUGCUGUUUUAAGAAACAAACCUAUUUCCUCAGGCCAUCGGGACAUGAACUGUCGUCUGAACUCUCUAUGUCCUUCGUCAUGUAGCACAUUGUCUUCAGCUCAUCCUCCUAACUGCUCUGCCUUACGUGCACUUGUGACAUGUCUGUGCUUUACUCUUUUCUUCACAUCUAUUUAAAAGUAGUUUUUUUAUCCCUUCCAUUUCUUUUUUUUCAAUCCUUAAUCUUCACACUUUUUCACUACACCGCUUACUUGUGUAUGAGACAAAUAAACCUUUGAAUCCUUCUUCAAGUUUAAUCAUCCUCACCUUCUCUGGUGUGUCCACGGUGGGGGAAAAACAUGGUGAAUUUACCAGUGAUUAUCUGACAAUUGAAUCAACAGAAGAGCAGGUGAUUUACUAUACACAUUUCUGCCAUCGGGAGUUUUCGGGUCAGCUCUGUAUAAGAAGGAAUGCGCCGAGACACAUGGACCUUGCCACGGUUGCUUGUGUCCUUGCCUCCUCGCCGUGAAUCCCUCACAAGGCCUCUGGGUUGCACAAAAAAGUAAUUGCGGAGUGAUUGGCACAGCUUGUCCCGUGCAGCCUGUGUCCCCACACUUGAAGGCUCUCCUCGGAGCACCUUCAUUGUCACGCAGCCUUUUAGCACCUUUGUUCCUUCCACUCCCGUAGGACCUCACAGCUCACCAUUGGCAGAUGAGUCCCUGUCUGUGACAAAAGGGUCCCUGCGCUCAGCCUCAUUUGAUGCAGUGAUGAACUCCCCCAUCCCACUCACACACACACACACACACACACACAUUGCAAACCACCUCCUGUGAGAAGAAAUCUUCCGUUUAGCAGGGGAGGAUAUGGGGGUCAGGACCCAGGGGUGGGCUUUUAGGAGACAAAUAAACAUCAGAGCAGGAGAGGAGUGAUGUCUUGUUUACACAUUAGCAACCAUUUAGCAAGUCUCACUGUUUUCACCGCGUCUCUCCGGUGGCCUCGCAAAAAACAACUGAUCUUUCUCUUUUGUUGUCCCUCCAGUUGGGGGCUCCAUUCAGGAUCAACCCUGUGGUCAACGGUGAGCGAUGUGAACAGUGGAUGUUGAUUGGAACUUGUGGGGUUUGAGCUGAUCUUGUGUUAAAUCAAGUUACUUAUAAAUGAAGGCGGCCAUAAGACCAAGCACUCCAACCACCUUCAUUGGUCAUGAAUCCAUAGUUAAUGCAGACUGCCCGUGUGAGUGGGAGUGCCUCGCGAUAAGUUUUGCCGUCAUUCGAUUGCUGCCUGUGUCGUAGAGGAGGGGGCUGUACCGUCUGCAGGCCAUGUGGGGACCGCCACCGCUGCUGCUGCUGCUGCUGCUGCUGGCGCAACACAAACCGUCCACACACACCGGCAGCGGAGCAGAGAGAGAGGAGCGCAGUGAGCAGGGAGGAGGCGGUGCUGCACGGACAACUGCGUCCCACUCCUAAAAGCAAACCCCUUUUCAUCAUCCAGCUCAGACUCCUCGCCGCUCCGGUUGAUCACAGCCCUGUCGCUCACGACGGAGGGGAGCUGCGCGAACACUGAAGCCUCCAAGCCUCCGAGCAUGGAUCCCAUACCUGCGGGGCGAGACUCCAGCUCCCCGCCCAGCUCCAAACAAGAACUUUCCUACCCGAGCACCAACAACUUGAAGCCCAACCAGGUCGGGUCGACAGUGCUGUACGGAAUACCCAUCGUGUCUUUGGUGAUAGAUGGCCAGGAGAGACUAUGCCUUGCUCAGAUAUCCAACACCCUGUUGAAGAAUUACAGCUACAAUGAGAUCCACAACCGGCGCGUGGCGCUGGGGAUCACCUGUGUCCAGUGCACCCCUGUCCAGCUGGAGAUCCUGCGGAGGGCCGGGGCCAUGCCGAUCUCCUCCAGGCGCUGCGGGAUGAUCACCAAGCGCGAGGCAGAGAGACUUUGUAAGUCGUUCCUUGGGGCUCACGCGCCUCCUAAACUUCCAGAAAAUUUCGCCUUUGACGUGUCCCACGAGUGCGCCUGGGGGAGUCGAGGCAACUUCAUCCCGGCCAGAUACAACAGCUCCAGGGCCAAGUGCAUCAAGUGCUCCUAUUGCAACAUGUAUUUUUCUCCUAAUAAAUUCAUAUUUCACUCACAUCGCACGCCGGAGUCCAAGUACACGCAGCCAGACGCUGCGAAUUUUAAUUCUUGGAGGCGACACCUUAAAUUAUCAGAUAAAAACAGCCCGCAGGAGGUGUUGCACGCCUGGGAAGACGUGAAGGCCAUGUUCAACGGGGGCAGUCGGAAGAGGACGCUGCCCGGCAGCGGGUCGGGUUCCGGCUCCCCGUUUAAGUCACAAGGACCCAACCGUCCCCGGGAACCGGCCGAGAUACCUGCGAAGAUCCCCAGCUGCGAGGACACCCGCGGCGGCAUGGCGAGCACGCGCAGCUACCCGGUAAUCCCGGUGCCCAAUAAAGGCUUCGGGAUGCUGCAAAAAAUCCCUCCGCCGCUUUUCCCACAUCCAUACGGGUUCCCAGCUUUCGGCCUGUGCCAGAAGAAAGACGACGGUCUGAUGGGAGAGCAAAGCAAGGCGGGCCUCCCGGGUGUCCUGUGGCCCGGUACCAAGGACAGCGCCUAUCACCCCUUCCCCAUGUUCUGGCCCGCGCCGGGCGCGUUGCCCAUGCCCCCGUACCCCCCGACUCAACACAAACCCACACCGGAGCUGCUGUGUCCUCCCAGGCAGACGGACAUGGACCUAUCUGAGCACAGUGACCGGAGCACCAACACGUCCAAGGACAGCAUGGUCGAAAACGACCGGUGCUCCAGCACGCAGUCCGCGCGUAACGACGACGACAAGUCCGGGGACGAGGCGAGGCCGCUGGAGGGGAUGACACUCGCGCACCGGAAAAUCAGCUACGUCUCCGCGUUCAGGCCGGUCGUCAAAGACGCCGACUGCAUCGCCAAGCUGUACGGCAACAGGGGCCCCUACGGCGGGUGUCGCACCGGCUACUUGUCGCCCGAUUUCCUAAGCGAAAGCUCGAGCUACCGGUCCGCGUCCCCCUGCGUGGACAGCGAGGGCGACCCGGACGUGGACGUGGAGACGAACAAGACGCCAGAUGAGGAGGAGGAGGAGGAGGAGGAGGUGGUGUGUCCCCGGACUCCUCCCGGCUUGCCACACAGCGUUUCCCCGAAGGGCUCGGACUGUAAGGGCCCGCAGGAGAGCGGCGUGUUUGACCCCCAGAAGAUGAGCCUCCACGUGGCCCAGUCCUCGGGGAGACACGUGCACAGCAAGCCGCUGUCAGAGACCCACAUAUCCGCGUCGUUCACCGAAGUUUACACUCCGGAGAGGGGCGAGCUGCAACAAAGGAUCAGUCCGUAUCAGUUCAGACCUGCCAAUUACCAGACUGGAAUACUUACAACGAAUGACGAGAGUGCGAGUAAAGAGGAGCCGUCUUCUACAGUGGAGGAGAUCGAAACGAAAUCUUUUAAUGAACAAAGCAGCGAAGAGAACCAGCAGGACCCGGAUGACGGCGAGGACGUGCCAGUCAGAGCUGUGCCAUCACAGAGAGACAUAGAGAGUCUGGCAAAAGAGGAGCUCCAGAAGCAGCUGUUAGAGCAGGUUGAGCUGAGGAAAAGGCUGGAACGUGAAUUUCAAAACUUAAAAGAUAAUUUCCAGGAUCAGAUGAAGAGGGAGCUUUCCUACAGGGAGGAGAUGGUUCAGCAGCUUCACAUCGUCAGAGAUGUUGACUCCUCGCCACUGCACCGGGUCCUGCUCCUUCAAGUCUCCUCUGCUGCCUCCCUGAGUCACGCCGCUCCGCACGGGACACAUCCACAGCGAACCACGGGGCCUCCUGCAGAGACUCCUCCUGCAGAGACUCCUCCUGCAGGGACUCCUCCUGCAGGGACUCCUCCAGAGACACCGCGAGGAAACCAAGUCGCCAGUAGAGACUAACUUGAAUUUACUUGUAAUAUUUCAAUUGAAAAUGUGUAUCUACAACCCUCAACAUUUACGUAACCAUUUUGCUAUACGGUGAACAUUGUUUUUCCUGAAAUGAGACCGUUGAUAUUUAUUAUUUGUGGCAAAGUGCAAUGAACACGUAUGUAUCUUGUGAUAGUUCUAUAGGUUGUUAUUUCGGUUUUUCUGCUGUCAAUAAUAGCAGCCAGUCCCUCGCUCCUUAUUCUCACAGCGUUGUGAAUUAUAGCCUACUACUUCUGCUGAGUUCUCAUUUGAAGACCGUCACUAUACUUUGAAUGUUAUGCACUUUAAACGAGUGAAGUAAUAAUAUUUAUUUUAAAAAAAUCUGUGCAUUGAAAUUAGGCCCGAAAAAUUAUUAUUUAUAGCAGUCAUACCAUGCAUAUUUCCUUUUUUUAAAAGACUUUACAGACGCAGAAGUUAGUGGGCUAAAUUUGUACAUCCUCGACCAUGUAAAUAGCGACAUAUUGUAUUAAGAGUAGGUUAUUUGUUCAUGUAAUAGUUUCCAUCGCUAUGAUUGAAUAAAUCAUUUUAUGAAAA